CAGCUGUAAGCAAAAUCAGCUGUUUACAUCACAAUAUUCUUUGUACAAAAUGUUAGCCGUAAGAAAAACACGAGUUUUCGGUAACCUGAGCUGGUCCCGUUGGAGUAGCGAUGCAGCCAAAGCCACCACAGAUCCCGCCUCAGCGCUGGAAGAUGCAAAUAAGCGCCAGAAGCUCAUCAACGAGCUGGCGGAGCCACUGGAGCAAAGACGCCGGCCCGCCAUCGAUCCGAAGGAGACGAGUGUAAUGCUGUUCCCUGGCCAGGGAAGCCAGUAUGUGGGCAUGGCCAAGGAUCUGUUGCGGUUUCCGGGAGCACGUCAAAUAUUCGAACUGGCCAACCAAGUGCUGAAGUACGAUCUGCUGAAGAUCUGCCUGGAGGGACCACGUGAGAAGCUGAAUCGAACGGAGCACGCACAGCUGGCUGUGAUGGUGUCUUCGCUGGCAGCGCUGGAGCAGCUACGCGAGGAGCGACCCCAGGCCAUUGAAAACUGCGUGGCAGCCGCUGGCUUCAGUCUGGGCGAGAUCACAGCCCUGGUCUACGCCGGAGCGAUGCCCUUUGAUAAGGCCGUGAAGCUCGUGCAAGUGCGAGCCACAGCCAUGCAGGCAGCCUGCGAUCGGGCAGCGGGAGGCAUGGCUUUGACACUGUACGGACCGGACACGAAUCUGGGCGAAGCCUGCGCCAAGGCACAACAAUGGAGCCUCGACCGGGGAGUGGAGUCGCCCUACUGCGGCAUAGCCAACUACAUGUACCCGCACUGUAAGGUCAUCGCCGGCAAUGUGGAGGCUCUGGAGUUCCUCGAGAAGAAUGCCAAGGCCCUGAAGAUUCGUCGCAUGAAACGUCUGGCCGUCAGCGGUGCCUUCCACACUCCUCUCAUGCAGAGCGCCGUCGAGCCGUUCACCAAAGCCCUGAAGUCCCUGCGCCUGGAGGACCCGAUCAUUCGAGUAUACUCGAAUGUGGAUGGCAAGCCAUACCGUAAUGCCAAGAAUAUUCUACACCACUUGCCGAAACAAAUCGUGCGGUCCGUAAAGUGGGAGCAGACCCUGCACGAAAUGUACGAGCGGAAGCAGGGUGCGGAGUUCCCGCGCACCUUCGAGUGUGGUCCGGGCAAGGGCCUGAUGCAGGUGCUCGAGAAAGUGAACGCAAAGGCCGCACAGUCCUGCACUAAUGUGUCAGCAUAAAUACGAUUCGAAUGUUUUGUUUUUACAAAAAUGU